UAAGGUAAAAUGCAUGCACAACCACCGAGACACGAGAAUAACACUCAUGCUGGCCCUCCUGUGCUUUGGCCUUCACUCCCCCGUUUGUUUGAGUGUUUGCUGUGUCUUUCAGGGGUUGCGUACGUAACCACGGUAACAUGAAGCAGGAUGUGACAUCCGGUACCCCGCUCGGCCAGCCAGUCAACAGGUGCAUUGACGCCAGAGAACCAAACAAGCCAUAUCCUUAGAGCGAGCUAAUGUCCAGUUGUCUCCAAACGUCACUUUUGCAUUUUGCCAAGCAUGCAGGAUCUCUUAACACACGUCCUUCGAAACAUUGGUUUUCUGGAAGUUGAUGUCCUAACCUGAGGGAAACAGCUGCGCAGGGUGCGCGCGGGGGAAAUGAUGCCCUUGUGGAAUCACCGCUUCGCGGGACACAAUGCGCGCAAUCCAUGUGGCCUUACAAAAAAGCACCCGGAAAAAGGGGGAUCUCCACCCCGAAAUAAGUGCCCAAUGCUCGCACCUCUGGCCCCAGCUGUAAUGGGGCCAGGGGUCAGUGUGAGCAACAAGGCAAAUGAUUGUUACGGCCAGCACAUUAUGAUUGGCGGCUGUGCGCCAAGGCGAAAUGGAUACCACACGAGGCACGCCGAGGGCUCUCCAGUGCGCCCCCGCCUUGUCACCAUAAUUAAGCCUAACGAGGACGGGGUUAUCAGGAAGAUCUCACUGCUCCUCAACCGCAGGGCCGUGGUGUCGUUUGAGCAGCUGCUAAGUGACGUGUCUGAGGCUUUGGGGUUUCCCUCCUGGAAUAACGAGCGCGUGCGGCACCUGUUCACGCCGGCCGGACAGUCGGUCAUCAGCCUCUCCCAGUUUUUCCACGCGGAUGAUGCGUUUCUGGCUGUGGGACGCACGCGACCUUCCGUCAUCAGCCUGCAGAUGGCGUUGGAGGAGCUGUUCCCGGACUGCCCGGGUUAUUGCGACGAGCUGCUGCGACGGUGGCAGCGGAGCAUGAGGCCCAAGGCGAGCAAGGCCGACAGCGGUUUCCAUGAUGUCAGCCCCAAGGAGCACAACAACAAUAACAGCCACUCCCUGAACGACACGCCGUCAGUCAGACCCAACAACCUCCAACCUCUCUAUAACAAACAACAGGAGAGAGACUUGAAGGAGGAGCAGAGGAGAGACAGAGAGAGGAGGACGAGGAGGAGAGCAGAAAAGCUGGUACCAGAGGGAUACCAGGUGAAGGCGAAUGAGCAGUCUGACCACCGGUUACCUUUAUUACCUGGGAGGCCUGGUGAGCCAAGAGAACAGGGGCACAGACAAACAAAAAACAAAGGUGCACACACGGGACCAGGUUCACAUCCCAAACCCGCUGGCCCAAAAAGCAAAAAGGCCAUUAACACCCUCCACACAAACGUGCCCCAACCCGCACAGGUCACAAAGUUACAGGAAAUUACAUCACACGAGACACCUAAGCAGACACCACCAGAGCCGUCGCGGCAGGACGCACCAGAGCUGCCGGACGGAGACGCCGUGGUCACGCAGGUGGACAUCGAGCGCUUCUAUGACAUCGGGCGCGUAGUGGGCGACGGCAACUUUGCGGUGGUGCACAUGUGCGUAGAGCGCAGGACGGGCCUGACGCGCGCCAUGAAAGUCGUGGACAGGGCCAAGUUGCAGGGCCGGGAACACAUGAUCCACAAUGAGGUCUCCCUGCUGGCCAGUCUGAAGCAUCCCAGGGUGGUGCAACUGCUGCGGUGCCACCACACCAGCACACACAUCUACCUGAUCAUGGAGCUGGCGUCCGAGGGGGACCUGUUUGAUGCCAUCGUGUCCAGCGUCAAGUUUAGUGAGGGCAGCGCGGCGGGCAUGCUGAAGGACAUCAGCGACGCCCUGCACUUCAUCCACAGCAGGAGCAUCGUGCACCGAGACAUCAAGCCCGAAAACCUGCUGGUGCAUCGGCAUGACGGCACUGUCAACCUGAAGCUGGCUGACUUUGGGCUGGCCCUGGUGGUCACGGAGCCCCUCUUCACUGUCUGCGGCACACCUACCUAUGUGGCACCGGAGAUACUGGCAGAGACAGGCUACGGUAUAGCAGUUGAUGUGUGGGCCAUGGGAGUGAUUCUAUACAUCCUGCUCUGUGGAUUCCCUCCGUUUCGCAGUACGGACCGCAAUCAAGUGGAGCUGUUCAAACUGAUCCAGGCCGGAGACCUUCAGUUCCCUUCGCCAUACUGGGACGAGAUCUCAGAGGAUGUUAAGGACCUGAUUCAAGGUCUACUCCAGGUGGACCCAAAGCAGCGUCUAACAGCCCAGCAGGCCCUUCAGCAUGGCUGGAUCCAGAGUGACGGUAAAGCCCCAGACGACAGCAACACGCAUCAGACACCCCAUGUGGCAGUCAGAGACAGCAGCAACCUCACAGAGAGCACCGAGGGGAAACACAAACUUCCACGGACAAGCACCCCCUACAGGCAGGGCAUCAGGCCCGCCAAGUCACCUGAGGCUGCUGCUGGACUCCAGAGAGACAACAGCACAGAUAAGAUGACAGAAGACGAGGGCACAUCUGUGAGGAUGAAGGAGUCCAGUACGGACCAGACGAAUCAACACAGCUCGGUACUGAGUCCAGAAGAAGAGAAAAAAACAGACAUGGAGACAAGCGAUGUGCUAACCUCAUGAGAAAUACACAGGUGCUUCUCAAUGAAUUAGAAUAUUAAAGGGAAAGUUCUUUUAUACAAUAUUAAGAUUAACAUUACUGUACG